GUAGCGAGUAGCGACCUGUCUGUCAAGGUGGCGACAAUGGAGGGACCAAGAGCGGCGGGAAUGGUGGUGGUGGUGGUGUCGGUGCUCGUCCUGGUUCUGUGUUGUAGUGCGCAGGUGGCCGUCGCCGGAGGUUAUCAGGAUCAGGCGGCCGCGGGUGGGCCGGAUGCGAGCAUGCUGUGCGUCAGCAAGUGCGGGACGUGUCCAACCAUAUGCACGUCGUCGCCUCCGCCGUCACCUCCGGCGCCGUCGACGUCGACGCCAUCGACUCCCUCGCCGCUGACGUCGAUCCUCCCGCUGCCCACGCCCGCGCCCCCGCCGCCGUACCUGUCGCUGAUCCUCCCGCCACCGCCGUCGUCAUCAUCAACUGACGGGUACGACCAGUCCCCUCCGGCGACGGAGAAGUCCCCGCCGUCGCCACCUUCGCCGAAGAGCAGCGGCGGAUCGUCGUCUUCUUCCUCUCCCUCCGCUCCGUCCUCGCACUUCUCGUCGCCACCGUCCCCGCCAUCGUCGUCCAACACCAACCCGUACUACUACUUCUACCUCUCCGGCAGCACCAGGAGCCGCGGCGAAGGCGCCUCGACCGUCUACGCCGUCGCGAUCCUCGCGCUGCUCCUGCCCGCCGUCGCCUUUUGGAGGUGA